AUGUCGAACCCACUCGAUACCGAUGCCGGCUCUGAGCUCUUUGGCUCAUACGAGGCAGAGCUGAAGCUUGUUCAGGCCGAUCUCCAGCAAAAGAUAGACCAGAUUCCCGAGCUGUCGGGCGAGCCCCGAAAAGCUGCCCUCUCCCAGGCCGAACGAGCAGCGGAAGAGGCCGAUGAGAUUAUGCGCCUAGAAAAGCAGAACAUCCCGACAUCAGCGAGGACAAAGGUGAACCAGCGUUUUCGCAACUUCGAAUCCGAUAUCGACGCCGCGAAGCGCAAGCUCGCCAAUCUAUCCUCGGACCGAUCCGCGCUCUUCGGUUCCAGAUACACUGAUGACCCGGCUGGCUCCUCGGACGCUCAUUUGGAGCAGCGCCAGCAGCUCCUGUCUGGGACGGACCGUCUCGAGCGCAGCAGUCAGCGCCUCAAGUCGAGUAUGGCACUGGCCAACGAAACGGAGGAAAUCGGCGCCGGCACACUUGCGGACCUCAACAGGCAACGCGAGACCAUCAAUCACACCCACGAUGUGCUGUUGCAAAGCGAGGGCUACGUCGACAGGAGCAUCAAGACUUUGCGGGGGAUGGCUCCGACCGCGAUGUCUGAAUUCCUAGGCUCUCGCAUCUCGCUCAUCUCCAAGAGCGACAUUCGCUACGUUGGUGUCCUCCACGAGAUCAACUCUGACGAAUCGACCGUGUCACUUGAGAAUGUACGUUCCUACGGGACAGAAGGCCGCAAGGAGCGCCCAGAGGAGGAGGUCGGCCCUUCCGACUCCGUCUACGAAUACAUUGUCUUCCGUGGAAGCGAUGUGAAGGACCUCCGCAUCGAGGAGCGUCCGGGCGCCAAGGAGAAUCAGCCCCCAGCGAUGCCUGAUGACCCAGCAAUCGUCGGAGCCACAAGAAAUCGCCCUGGUCCUCCCGGUCCUCCUGGGCCUGGGCCUCAAGGACCCAAGCCCGGGCAAGGUCCUGACUUCAACCCGUACAACAUGCCCCCGCCACCAUUUGACCCCUCUUACGGUCCUCCUGGCAACUGGGGGCGUGGUGGACCCCCUCCUCCGGCCCCUCAGGGAUUUGGCAAUAUGCCAUACCCUCCUCCACCUGGCUGGUUUGGCCCUGGUCAUCCUGGGCCAGCCUUCCCUCCAGGUGCUGGCGGACCUGGCCCUGGGCCUUGGGGAAGCCAGCCAUUCCCUGCUGGUCCUCCUGGUCCUGCUGGUCCUCCUGGUCCCGGCAUUCCGGGUCAUCAUCAACAGCGUGGACCCCACGACCAAAAGCCAGCUUCUCGAGGUCCUGCCGACCAGUCGCCGCAGCAGGCCAAGCCGACCCAACGGUCGCCAGUUGCGGCCCGCCCGCCGACAAACGCGCCAGCCCCUCCCGUCGAGUCGAAACCAUCGACUGAAGAGGUCCAGAAUACAGCUGCCAACCUUGCCGGGGAAGCAGCAAAGGCUCCUGUGCCCAACAAGGCACCUCCUGCCGGUCCUCGUCAGAACCGAGUGAACCCAGUUGUUCCCCUCGGCUCUUUGACGAAGCCCUUCCAGCCGCCCAUUGCUCAGCAACAGCCACCAAAGGCUGCUGUUGAAACAACGGUGUCAGCAGCUCCUGGAAGCGUUCAGGAUGCCACGAGUGCCGCUCGUGCUGCGGUAGCUGUGGCCAUGGCCCAGCUCGGUAACGGCGGUGCCAACCAAAUGGACAACCUUACAAACAAGGUCAACGAGAUGCGUGUCGGUGCCGCCCGUGGCGGAGCAUCUGCACCCCGUGGCCGUGGGCGUGGCGGUCGUCCUCAGGGUCAGGCUGCCAAGGUGGAGGUCCCUGACUCGGACUUUGACUUUGCCCAAGCCAAUGCCAAGUUCAACAAGGACGACCUCAUCAAGGAGGCCAUCGCUGGCUCACCACUUGGUGAGACUACGAACGGUGGCGAGGUCCCGGCUCCCGAGGUUCCACAACCAGAGGAUGUGCCUGUUGCCUACAACAAAACGCGGUCGUUCUUUGACAACAUUUCGAGCGAAGCCAAAGAUCGGGCCGACAUCAGUAGUGGUGGUCGGCCAGGUGGUCGCGAGUGGCGCGACGAGGAACAGCGCCGCAACAUGGAGACCUUCGGUCAAGGCAGUGUAGACGGCGGGCACCGUCGCGGGCGUGGUCGCGGACGCGGUCGGGGUGGUCGUGGUCGUGGCGGUCAAGGACGUGGAGGGCGCGGUGGAAAUCAGCAGUACCAGGCGGUCGAGGGACAAUAG